AUGCCGCGCUCUUUUUUGGUGGACUCGCUGGUGCUGCGCGAAGCCGGCGGCAGCGACAAGAAAGGAGGCGUCUCUCCCGGCAGCCCGCCGCCCCCGCCACUCUUCCCUUAUGCCGUGCACCCCUCGCAUCCCCUGCACGGCCUUUCGGCUGCCUCCGGAGGCGCCUGUCCCGCCGCUCCCGCGUCCACGUCGGCUGCGCGCAAAGCCGGCCUGCUCUGCGUGUGCCCCCUCUGCGUGGUCGCCGCUUCUCAGCUGCACCCGCCGCCGCCGCCGCCGCCCGCCCUGCCGCUCCUCAAGGCUUCCUUUCCUCCCUUCGGCUCCCAGUACUGCCCUUCGCCCCUGGCUGCCAGGCAGUCUCCCGGAGGUUCGUCCGUCUCCAGCGGUGGCCACGUACCCGCCCUCUACCAGAGCGCCUACCCGCUGCCCGAUCCCCGGCAUUUCCACUGCAUCUCCGUGGACAGCACGUCGGGCCAGCUGCCGAGCAGCAAGCGGAUGCGCACCGCCUUCACCAGCACGCAGCUGCUGGAGCUGGAGCGGGAAUUCGCCUCCAACAUGUACCUGUCGCGUCUGAGACGCAUCGAGAUCGCCACCUACCUCAACCUCUCCGAGAAGCAGGUGAAGAUCUGGUUCCAGAACCGGCGCGUCAAGCACAAGAAGGAAGGCAAGGGGGCCUCCCAUCGCGCUGGGGGACCGGCCGCCCCCGGCUGUAAGUGCGCCUCCCUCUCAGCUGUCGCCAAGUGCUCCGAAGACGAGGAGGACUCGCCCGCGUCCCCGUCUUCCUUGGGCAAGGACGAGAGAGAACUCGCCAUCACGCCCUAA